GCUCAAGCCGUUUCCACUCAACCGCGAAGCUUCGCACACUCAACACUCCGUUCUCGCCAUGCCUGGCCCGAAAAGGCCGGCCUGCGAUAUGGGUCAGGAGCCUGGAAUUAAGUGGCAAAACCGGGCCUCCAUGGCAACUUCGCCUUUCAAGCCUCCUGAGCUGAUCCCCUUGGAUGACCCUGAGAUCGGCGAUAUCAUCAAGGGAGGUGGCCCCCAGGAUAUCGAUAUCGACGCGAUCGACCCCGUGAGCAAGGAUAUGGAAGUGUCGGUCACCAUGCCACGUUUCCAAGGUGCACUCAUCAGCUACAAGAUCGAGGCAGUCAUCAAGCGUGUGCUGGUGUGGGAGGAGAAGCCCGUGCACCUUUCUCCAGUUACAGUUUCAGAGAACGGCGGCCCCUAGAGCAUGAGCAGGUGCAGUUUGCCUUCGGUCGUUAUUUUCGCCUCGGGCUAAGAUCCUCGAGGGAGUUUCAUUCGGCUUGAUCGUCCCCUUGCGUUCCUUGGAGUUGCAAGCAUCCGCCAUUGCACGGUCAGCAUCGCAGUACAUGCGCAGAUGUCCUUACCUUGCGCGCCGUCGUUUGCGAA